AUGCCUCACCAACUUCACUCCGAAGUGAAUCAGCAUCGGGAAGCAGAAAAGGAAGUAAGGGCCAAAGCCGACGAGUAUAUGGCCAAGGAGAUCCAUGAGUUAAAGAAAGCAUUCAAAAAUCUGAAAAUCGUUAGGAGUAUGGAAGGUUUAGAGUACGAGGAUCUAUGUGUUCAUCCCGAUGUCGAUUUACUUGCAGGAUAUAAAGUACCAAAAUUUGACAUGUUUGAUGGAAAAGGAAACCGACGAGCUCAUUUGAGGUCAUAUUGUCAUAAGUUAGUUGGAGUGGGAAAGGAUGAAGCUAUCAGGAUGAAACUUUUUAUAAGGAGUCUUACAAGGGAAGCCAUUGAUUGGCACACAAUUCAAGGCCCACAGAAAUGGCGCAGCUGGAGUGUCAUGGCGCAAGAAUUCAUGGACAGAUUCAGAUUUAACACUGAGACCAAUCCAGAUAGAUUCUAUUUGAUGACGUUGGAGAAGAAAACAAUAGAAUCCUUUAGAGAGUAUGCCAUGAGAUGGAGGGCAGAAACAGCAAGAGUCCAACCUCCAAUGGGAGAGGAUGAGAUGACAACUAAUUUUAUUCGAUCUUAA